UUAAGAUUUAUUUAUUUACUUGAAAGUCAGAGUUACACAUAGAAGGAAAGGCAGAGAGAGAGAGAGAGAGAGGUCUUCCAUCUGCUGUUUCACUCCCCAGUUGUGCCGAUCUGAGGCCAGGAGCCAGAAGCUUCUUCUAGGUCUCCCAUGUGGUUGCAGGGGCCCAAGGACCUGGGACAUCCUCCACUGCCUUCCCAGGCCAUAGCAGAGAGCUGAAUUGGAAGAGGAGCAGAUGGGACUUGAACCGGUGCCCAUAUGAGAUGCUGGCACUUCAGGCCAGGGCGUUAACCCACUGUGCCAGCCCUGCUACCAAGGGUUUUAAAUGCCUCACCUUGCACCCCUUACCUCUUUCCCAGGCCUGUGCCAGGAGGGAUAGGAAUGACCAGCACACUAGCCCCAUGCUAGAGAGCCAUGCCACCUGUGCCAGCUGACCAUCUUCAUGAGCUUCCCUGGACUGUGGUUUCCUCAACUGCAAAAGGAAGAGGCAACCGGAUCAUUUCAAUUACAGGUUUAAUUUAUUUAUUUGAUAGAGUUACAGAGAGGGAGAGAGAGAGACAGAGACAGAGACAGAGACAGAGAUCCUCCCCAAGUGGCCAGAUGGCCAGGGCUGGGCAAGCCAGAGCCAGGAGCUGCAUCCAGGUCUCUGACUUGUGUGUAGGGGCCCAAGCAAUUGGGCUACACUCCACUAUUUUCCCAGGUGCAUUAGUAGGGAGCUGAAUUGAAAGUGGAGCAGCCAGGAUUCAAACCAGUAUGGGAUGCCAGCAUGGCAGGCGGUGACUUUACCCACUAUGCCACAGUGCCAGCCCUGUUUGUUAAUUUUUUAAAAAAGAUUUAUUUAUUUAUUUGAAAGGAACAGUUAGAGAUGAGAGAGGGAGAGAGAAAUCUUCCACCCACCAGUUAACCCCCCAAAUGGCCAUAAUGGCCAGAGCUCUGCUGGUCCAAAGUCAGGAGCCAGGUGCUUGUUCUGGGUCUCUCACGUGGGUUCAGUGGCUCAAGAACUUGGACCAUCUGCUGCUGCUUUCCCAGGUGCAUUAGCAGGGAGCUGGAUCAGAAGUGGGGCAGCUGGGGCUCAAACUGGCAACCAUAUGGGAUGCCAGGACCGAAGAUGGUGGCUUUAUCCACUUUGCCACAGCGCUGGCCCCCAUUAGAUCAUUUUUAAGGAUAGUUUUGGCUAAAUAAAUCAUUCCAAGUUUAUUUCCAGUUUGGAAGUCCUCUGUAUUAACCCCAUAAAUCUUUACUUGAUGACAUUUCGGGAAUAUAGUUCAGUAUGUAGUGCGAUAGACUUUUAGGGAAUAGGACCCCUAGAGCAGGUCAGCUUUUGGUUUAACCUGUUCUCAUUUUUUCAUUAUUUCUUUCACUUCUGGGAUUAAGGCAUCUCAAGGUCCAGACCUCUCAGAGGUCAUUUAAGAACUCCAAGUUUUUUUCAGAACAGCCCCCACAGUGGGAGAGUAAACUGGAGACUGCCAGGCAGCACAUUAUAAAUGUGACUAAAGAAAUCUGCAAGUGGAAAUAGGAGAUUGCCUUAGACAGCAACACCAUGAGUUCCUUGGCUGGUUUUUCUGGUUCACCUUUGUUAUCUCCAGCAUCCACCACAGGGCCAAACACGAGAGUAAGGAGCUCAAUAACCAUUGACUCUGACUCAGGGUACUAGUAUACCUAACCAUGGAUGAAUGCCUACCCUCUGCUCAUUACAAAGUCAGACUUUGAUGAUUAUGUAUUAAAUCAUAGUCAUGUUUUUAUGAGCACAUUUUAAGUAAAAAAACUCCAUGACAUUAUUGUGGAUGCACACAUCCACACACAUUAUUAUCUUUUGAGUUUUUCAUAACUGUACAAUUUUUAACUGAAAUGUUGCCAUUUUUUAGAACAAGAGGAUGGUUAUGUAUUGUUCUGUGUGUGCUAUGUCUAUCAGAAGCAUCCAGAAUGGUUCAACCUGGGUAUGUGGAGAGAAGCGGAGGUCAUUUCUGUGUCUCUCCAACUGGUAGACCCAGAGUUGAGUCCCAGGCACUAGGAGGGAAGCCCCUGUGGCAUCCUCUGCUUUGACCCCAAGUAUACCCCAGAUGUGCAGGCUAAUGGACUCUGCUUGCACUUGAGGAGACGCCUCCUGAGCCCAGCAUCUUCCAAGGCUUGGUUAGGCCCUCAAGUACCAUAGCCACCCAGUAAUCUGGGGGGCCCAGAGCUGAAGCUGACUCCUCAGGUGGGUACCCUCCUGCAUGACCCCCAGUUACACUCCCUCCCUGUGCCCAGAGACUCAAACCACCACCAAGGCCUCCUUCCGCGGUGCUGAUGAGGAGAGCCACAGCGGGCAGCAUGGAUAGCAGAAGCUGGUCCCAUCCCAAUAAUGAGGAAACGAAAAGCAAAGCAGUGACUUUCGGGACUGGGACCUCCAGGCGUGCGUUCAGCAGUCAAGGGUACCUGUGCCCACCUCCCAGUGCCGCCAGGGGGCGCAGUCGCUGCCGCGUUCCUCCGUCUUCCCAGAAUCCACCACGGGGGAUAAAAAGGCGGGAGCGCGGCCGAGGGCCGUAGUCCCGAAGUUAAUGCUUUUCCUCGCGUGGUUCUGGUCAGGCUGCUCCGCCGGCCGCGUCUGGACGCUGACUCUCUCUGACGUAGCUCGUUCCUCAAGGAGGAGACGAGACAGGCUGUCAAGGCCCAGAGGCUUUCAAGGCUUGGGAGUGGAGUGGGGGUGGCAAUGUGGCCCCUGCGGGUCUACACGCGCAAGAAGCGGGCAGGCCAGAGGCUCAACGUAACCCCGACGCCGGACCUGGGCGCCCCGGCGAAGACGGAGGCCCCGCCAGGUCCUGGCCCAGGGUUGGCCUGCCGCCGGAAGGGUAAAGGCAAACUGCGCGGUUUGCAGAAGAUAGCGGAGAAAGCAGAGGGGAGCCCGCGUGGAGGCAGUGGCGCUGGGCUGCCCAGCGCUCAGCUAAGAGUUACAGGAGAGCAAAGCCUGCAAGAAGACAGUCCUCGUGAGCAGACACAGGCGGCGAAGACUGCUGCGUUGGGUGAGUCACUAACUGAUGACCUCCAGGUUGACAGUAGUUCAUCAAGUAGUGAACUAAUGUCAGCAUUAAAUUUACAGCAUGAUAGUUCCAGUUCUCUCCUGAGCUGUUCAGUCACCGAAUCUUAUGAAGAAUGCAAGAGUUUUGAAGAGAGUUUAAGUAGCUUCUCAUCACCUGAAUUGUUCAGAGGAUCAGAUUAUUUAGUGUGGGAGCGUCCCAAGGUAGAAGAACACAUGCUGUGCAAGAAUUCCACUCUUCUGGAUACCAGUAAUGCAGUAGCAAUAGAGAAGAUGCCACACUUUUCAGAACUCUCUGCAAUUUUAGGGUUUUCCUCCCCUUUCCUAGGAACUUCUUCAGAAGACUAUCAGAAAUGCUGUAUAAAAAAAGGGAUGAUGUUAGCAGACCAAAGUAUUCCUUCAAAACCAAAGUAUACUUCAGAUUCAAAAUCAGAUAAUGCUGCUUGUGAGGUUUUACUUGCUGAGAAAACAUGCCCUUCAUCCUCUGAAAAAGCAAAGAAAAAACCUGAAAAGGAUUCUGAACAUAAAGAUACAAAUUUUCAAACAAAAUUAAAUUCUCCUCAUGUAGAAAUUAAGGACUCAUCAUCUUGCCCUAGUUCUACUCUUGAAAGCAAUGCAGGUAGAUCCCUUACUAAAGUUCUGCUGCCUCAGCCCCUGGAAUCUGCAUUGAAAAUAAAUUCUUCUACUACUGAUAAGAAAAGUACAGACUUGUUAACAAGUACACCAUCUUCAGCGACAGCUGUUUUUGUGAUUGAUUUGUCCUCAGUGCAAAAAGCAUCUUCUGAAGAAUUGUGUCCAAAUGUCAGCAAUUAUGUUAAUUCAAAUGAAAUUGUUCCUGUGUCAAGUUUGCAAGAAAAUUCUUCAAAUGAGUUUCCUUCAAAUACAUCAGAAAUGUGUUGUAUUAUUAGGGCAUCACCAGGUACUAGACAAGUGAAAAGUAAGGGUAUUACUGUGAAGAAGAAAAAAUAUUCUCCUCCCAAAGAUAUUCCUCAAGAUAUUAUAACAAAAACAAACAGGAAGACAUAACAACUGUGACUGAAUUUUUACUACUUUGAAGAUAUGGAUGUGAAGUCAAAGUCUGUAAAGCAAAGUGUCUGCCUGAAAUUAUAUGAAAUUAAAAUUCAGAAGUCUCCAACUAUUUGUGAUAUAUCUGUGAUGAAUUUCUAUUGAUGUUCUUGUCAUGUGCUUUUAAACAGUUAAGAUUAAUGAAAUAAUCUUUGAUAUGCUUCUUAAGUAUAUGUAUUUGUAUUAUUUAAUAAGAACUGAAGAGUCGUUACUAGAAGACUAUAUACUAAAAUAGAUGGUUUUGCUAUUUAUAAAGAGCCAACACUAGGUAAUGGUGUAAUUUCCUUUGAUUUGCCUUUCUUCCUCAAAGUUUAUCCUUUGUAUGGAUUAGUUGUUGAAGUGCUAAAAAUGAACAUGCUUAUAUUACAAGCUAUUUUUAACAGAACUUAAUUGAAACCACAUGAGUGAGAGACCUAAUUCCAGGUCUGACUGAAAGAAACUCUAUACUCAAGAUUUGCUGAAGCAGGGAAUGUGUAAUACAUACAAUCAAUCAUACACCAGGUAUUUAAUACGUUAUCUCAUACCAAAACAACCUUUAUUUUUGCUAACAGUAUCUGUAAGGUUUUUUUUUUUAAUAUAACCUGUGGCAACCUGACAGUACUCUUCCUAAAAAGCAGCUGUCCUAUGUCAGUGAACAGAAGGUUGUUAUACAACUGGUGGUGAAAUCUUAAGUCUGAUAGUUUUACUAUUAUUAUACAUAAAAGUAAAAAAGACACAGGCUUUCAAAGCAGCUUAACUGUUAAGGAAAAUUAUAAAAUCUAUAAACUGAGGUUAUGUUACUUAAAGAACAUUCAUUUUAAAUAGGAACCAUAACGAGAUAUUUUUUAUAGAUAUUUUGACAAGGCCUUAAGCCGCUAACAGUGCUUUUUGUGAGUUUGCGAUUUUUAUCUGGAGCUGAAAUAUGAAAUCAUGCUGAGGAAAUAUAGAGGAUAACCUGAAUGAUGGCGGCUAGACCAAAAUUUAGAUGUGAAUUCUAAAUCAGUACUCAACUAUGUCAGCAACUCUUGUGGUAGUUUUAAAAGUAGAAACGUGAUAAGCUGCAGGGGAAUGAGAAAUGAAACACAAGUCCUUUUCCUUGCCUUCAAGGAGUUUAUAAUCCAAGAGGGAGGGGAGAAAAUGAGAACAAAUUAUUUGACAAUUCUUAAUCAGGUGGUAGGUUCCUGUGAGAAAGAAUGGUACUUGGUUUUUGGAGUGGACCUGGUAGGGUUAGAGGAGAUAAACAUUUUAUAGUUUCGUAUUUCAGAAAAGGAAAAUAUAGCAAGCUCAGAGAGCUACAUACUUGACCAGGUAAUAUAAUAGCAUGUGAUGGAGCCAUCAUCUGAAUGCAGGACUAUUUGAGUCUAAUAUUUUUCAUUUAUAAACAAGAACUCAGGAAAAGGUCAGAGGGAGGAAGGAGUAGAGGUUGACCUUCAAAUCUUAGUAGUAGAAGACAUAGUUUUGAUGGUGAUUACAAGGAAGAAAAGUAGAAGUAGCCUGCUGGUUGGUGAACAUGAGAAGGCCUAAGAGAAUUCCUAUUGGCAAAUCCUAGGAGAAGGUUGUGCUGACUUUUAUCUGUGGGCAGACCUCAGAGGUCUUUCAGUCUUUUUCAGAGAGUAUGAACAGAAAAUGAGUUCAUCUUUUUCUGAAAAGAGAGGGUCUCUCUAUUUCUUUUUUUAUCACAUUUUCAAAGUGGUCUGUGACCUCAGAAAAGUAAACUGUGGAA